AUGGCCAACGAAGCACCCAUGAAUAAUGGGCUCGCAAAGGAGGAUGGACCCGAACAACAAAAAGCACCAUCUACAAUAACCAACUCGGAAAUGAAUCCUCCAGAAAUUGUCAGCAAUCAGACAGGGACAGAGGCCACAACAAUUAAUUCGAACGACAAAGACAAGGAGAAGGAGAGUGUAGGCGGUGGCAGAGAUACCCGCACUCGACGCGCCUCGGCCACUAACAAUAACCAGCCCAGCACUCCCGCCACGGCCACUCGUCGCACGCGCCGCAAGAAGGACGACCCCGAUCAGGACAAGGAAAAAGACACAUCCAAGGAGAAGCCGAAGGAAAAAGAAAAGGAAAAGGAAAAGGAGAAAGAUAUACCGAAGGAGAAGAAGUCGAAAAAGUCGUCUUCGAAGAGCAAGACCAAAGAAAAAGACGAGAAGGAGAAGGAGAAGGAUAAACCGGAGCCGACUGAAAAAGAAAAAGAAAAAGAACCAGCAAAGGAGAAGCCGGCCAAAGAGUCCAAAUCCAAUGCACGACGCGCCAGGGAAAAAUCCAAUGCCUCAACCAACCCGCCGCAAACUUCACGAAAGAAACCGAAGCUCGAGCACAACCCCAACAAAGACGAUGACAACAGCCUCAACAUCGUCAACAACAAAAAAGAGACCAGCAAGACAGAAGAAAAACCACCUGUCGUAGCUCCCGUUGCUGCUCCCGCACAAACAAUCGUUCCUUCCCAACCCGGCAAUCAUGAAGUUCUCUUCUCGCGACCGUCUCAACAGCCACCACCACAGACACCUGUCCAGCAGCCAGCUUCGUCUGUUGCGGCUGCCACUGUGUCUCCAGUGAAGGUGGCAGGGUCGUCGACUUUCGCACCGACGCCUCUACCCUCCUCUACUGCUGCCGCUACCUCUACACCGCCGACCGCAAUGCACGCCCCAUCAUUAGCACGAUCGCAUUCUUUAGAGAAUAUGCUUUCAACACAUACUACACCUUCAUAUAUGACCCCUACACACAAUCAGCCGCCGCCUCAGGCGUCUCCUCCACGGUCGAGUGGACGAAUCUUCGACCCUAUUCGAUCAGCGUUUGGCGACUCGGCUCCUCCUCCCGCCCCGGUGUCCCAGAGUCACCAGCCUUCGUCUUCUCACAUGGGAACUCCUAUUCUUUCGUCGCAGACGCAUUUUAGUCCUCCUCAGCAUAAUAUCUCACCUCAACGUGUUUACCGAGCAAGUGCCUCUCCCGCUAUUUCUAGCAUUAUCGAUCCACCUGCGCCUCCUGUACCGGUACAGCAACAAUUACCUCCACAGCAGCACUCUAGCUACUCCAACCAUACACAAAGCUACCCUCCUUACGGCUCCAAUGCGUCGACGCCGGUACAUCAUUACGGACAAAGUCCUCCAAAGCAAGCACCAAUUCUUUCACAGAUCACCAACCCAACUCCGCCACCGCAACCUCCACGUUUUUCCACUCAGCAAUUACCCUCGCAGCCACCUCCACCACACCCAGUCGCGCAGCAGUCUCAGUAUUCUCCACCGCAGCAUGAUCAGUCUCCUGCUGUUCCGCCACAGCAGCUGGAAAAGCCCGCUGAGAAAAUCAGUUUACUUCAGCAGCCGGUUGCAAUGGAAAUUGACUCUGAGCCUUCCGUAUCUGCACCAGCGCCAGUGCCAGCGCUAGCGCCAGUUCCUGCACCUGUAGCCGAGACUACAACUGCUCCUUCAACAGCGCCUGCAAAAGCUACGAAGACUGCUAAAAAAGACAAGACUACACCAACGGCUACUCCUUCUAGUGCACCAUCUCCGAAACCAGCUCGUGGUGCCAAGGAUUCCGUACCACCACCGCCACUUCCACAAGGCUCCGGCCUCAUUACCGGUGCCCUGUUCGGUGUGGACGAUAGCUCAUCGACAGCGUCAAAAACUGCACCUAAUAUCAUCCUGCACGUGCCUCUUUCACGUGACAGUAACAAGAUUAUCAGCUUUGCUCGCUUGGCGGAAGAGAAGUAUGGAUUUGCUGCGCUACACCCGCGUAUUGCAGCUCAAAAGGAGCGACUAGCGCGUGUUGCAGCAGCAAGUGCGGCUUUGGAAAGGGAGCAAAAGGGUGGUUCUGCACUUGAAAGCGCGGAGGACGAUCUAAGUGUUGACAUUGAUCGGGACAGUGACCCUGAUGGCGAUAUAUCUAUGGGUGGAGUCGGCACAAAUGCAGGGGAGGAACCGGCGGAUGGAAAGAAAAAGCGACGGAAGAAGAUUGAGGAGUAUGACCGCGACGACCCAUUUGUGGAUGAUAGUGAAUUGGUGUGGCAGGAGCAGGCGGCUGCUAGUAAAGAUGGAUUUUUUGUCUACAGUGGACCUUUGAUAGCGGAGGGCGAAAAGAUUCAAGUUGAGAGGGCCGACGGUACUAUCAAACGUGGUCGGGGUGGUGGUCGUGGUCGUGGCGGCGCACGAACUCGUGGAGGUGCCACACAUGUUCCUAUCGCGUCCAACGUACCGAUUUCUGCAGAGACUGGACUGCCGCUUCGUGGACCUGGCUCUCGUGGAGGCAGCAUGGCUCGGAAACCUCGCACCACCAAGGCCAAACAGCAAGGCGAUGAUAAGUCUGAACCACGUGCGACGAGCGCAUCGAAAAGCAGCAGCAGUACUCGCGGUGCCCACAGCGCCGGCGGUUCUACACAUGCUUCAUCUAAAAGCGCCAGCAAAACGUCUUCUUCUAGUGCAGCGAAUGCGCCAAUUGUGACUGGCAUGAUUGGCCUGGCUCCCGCUCCGACUGCGCCUGCACCAGGACCACAGCUUGCUCCUGCGCCAGCAGCUCCAAAUGGCCAAGCUAUUCUUUGAUAGCUAGUAUCUGAUGAGCUUUAAGCGUCCUUUGUGUGUUUGUAACUUACACUAAUUGCUUCUAUUUGUUAUGUUGUAUCGCUUGAUGGGAUUUUGCUUACUCGACGGACAUAAGUACAUUUCAA